CCAGGCCGGGUUGCCUCUGCCCCUGGGCCAGUUCUCAGUCCAGCCACAGAAUCAUCAGGCUUCCGGGCGGGCUCUUACCCAGAGCCCCCUCCCUGCCCUGGAAUUCACAGCAAGCGACAGCCCGUCUGGGAAGUGACAGGUGGGGAACUGACAAAGAAGGGCCCUGUGCUCUGCCAGGGGGCGGGAUGGGCCUCAGUCGAGUCUGCGGGGCUGCCUGCGUCUCCGUCGUGGGGAAUUCCCCUCCUGCCUAAAAGUCAGCCUGGCCCAGCUCUCCUUCCUGCAGAAGCGCAGUGAGCCGAGGAGCCUUCUCGGGUGGCAGCCCCGCUGCACAGACCCCGUCCUCCCCUGCCCUUCCCCAGCCAGGCGGGCACCACGGCAGGGGCUGAGCCACCAUCAUGGAAGGGAGAGGACCAUACCGGAUCUACGACCCUGGGGGCGGCGUACCUCUGGGCGAGGCGUCCGCAGCUUUUGAGCGCCUAGUGGAGGAGAAUUCCAGACUGAAGGAAAAAAUGCAAGGGAUAAAGAUGUUAGGGGAGCUUUUGGAAGAGUCUCAGAUGGAAGCGUCCAGGCUGCGGCAGAAGGCAGAGGAGCUGGUCAAGGACAGUGAGCUGCUCCCACCGCCGUCUCCCUCUUUGACCUCCUUCGACCACCUGGCUGAGCUCACAGGAAAGGAUGCAGAUGUCCCAGCAACCCCCGCUGACCCUGCACACCCCAGCGACAAGCCAGAGCCAGUCCCCAAACCUCCAGCAAGUGAGCUGGGCCCCCUGCCCCACGAGGACAGCAACCUGAUGCUGCACCUGCAGCGCCUGGAGACCACCCUGAGCGUGUGCGCCGAGGAGCCUGACCACAGCCAGCUCUUCACGCACCUGGGCCGCAUGGCCCUCGAGUUCAACCGGCUGGCUUCCAAGGUGCACAAGAACGAGCAGCGCACCUCCAUCCUGCAGACCCUGUGUGAGCAGCUUCGGAAGGAGAAUGAGGCCCUGAAGGCCAAGCUGGACAAGGGCCUGGAACAGCGGGAUCAGGCUGCUGAGAGGCUCCGGGAGGAAAACCUGGAGCUCAGGAAGUUGUUGAUGAGCAGCGGCAAAGAUGGUGCCUCCAGAUGGCCAGGCUCACCAAAGACGGAAGGCACGGGCAAGAAGGGGGCAGCCGCACAGCAGCAGGCUGGUGUGACAGCAGGUAAAGUCCCAGAGGUGGGAGCCUUGGGUGCGGCUGAGAAGAAGGUGAGGAUGCUGGAGCAGCAGCGCACGGAGCUGCUGGAAGUGAACAAGCAAUGGGACCAGCAUUUCCGGUCCAUGAAGCAGCAGUAUGAGCAGAAGAUCACUGAGCUGCGCCAGAAGCUGGCGGACCUGCAGAAGCAGGUGACGGACCUGGAGGCCGAGCGGGAGCAGAAGCAGCGCGACUUUGACCGCAAGCUCCUCCUGGCCAAGUCCAAGAUAGAAAUGGAGGAGACCGACAAGGAGCAGCUGACAGCAGAGGCCAAGGAGCUGCGCCAGAAGGUCAAAUACCUGCAGGAUCAGCUGAGCCCGCUCACCCGGCAGCGGGAGUACCAGGAGAAGGAGAUUCAGCGGCUCAACAAGGCCCUGGAGGAAGCACUGAGUAUCCAGGCCUCCCCAUCAUCUCCAGCAACAGCAUUCGGCAGCCCGGAAGGAGCUGGAGGCCUGCUAAGGAAACAGGAGCUGGUCACGCAGAAUGAACUGCUGAAACAGCAGGUGAAGAUUUUUGAGGAGGACUUCCAGAGGGAGCGCAGCGACCGUGAGCGCAUGAAUGAGGAGAAGGAAGAGCUGAAGAAGCAGGUGGAGAAACUGCAAGCCCAGGUCACCCUGUCACAUGCCCAGCUAAAAGCCUUCAAAGAUGAGGAAAGGGCGAAAGAUGCCCUGAGACAGCAGAAGAGGAAAGCAAAGACCUCGGCAGACCGCUACCACGUGGAGCCCCACCCGGAGCAUCUCUUCGGGGCCUACCCCUACGCCUACCCGCCCAUGCCCCCCGUUGUGCCGCACCGUGGCUUUGAGGACUGGUCCCAGGUCCGCUACCCGCCUCCCCCCACGGCCAUGGAGCACCCACCCCCGCUUCCCAACUCGCGCCUCUUCCACCUGCCAGAAUACACCUGGCGGCUGCCCUGUGGAGGGAUACGCAGUCAGAGCUCCCAAGUGAUGGGCUCACCCACGGCCAGGCCUACGGAACCAGAGUCCACCAAAAAUGACCGUGAGGGACCUCAGUGAAACCAGUCCCUUGGCUCCAGCUUCGUCUUGCAGAGCCAGCUGACUUCAGCUUACUGGAAAACUAGAGGCCACGGGCUCUCCGAGCCUCAGCCACUCGGGAGGCUGAGAUGGAUGGCCAGCUUGAGCCCUGGCCCCAACCUGAACUGUUUAGAGACUCGGGAGGCUCCAUCCAGAAGGCGUCCAUCUGGGCCUUGCCUUUGGAGUGACUGGGAAAAACUCACUACUCUGCCGCUGAGCGGAGAGAGGCGUCAUCCGGCCUUGACCCACCAUCCUCUGCAGAAAGUGCUGGCAGAUGUUAAUCUCAAGUGGGGUGCAGUCAAGACCCCUUCCUUUCACAACUUCCCCAGAAGUGGUUCAGCAGCCCCUCUGGGGACCACAGUCAGUUCAUGUGGUGUUUAGUUUUUGCUUCAAGCUCUGCAGUAGCAGGACCUGCCCCACACACAUCCCCUCCCCCUCUGAGGAGCUGCGGGAAGAGCGGGUUUGCCUCUGGGAGCAGAAGAGACAGGAUGUUCUACUCCUGGGCCUUCCACUUCCGCCCACGGCAGCCUUGCCAGCACCGCUGCAGCCUGGGAUGAAGCCCAUGCCGGCCACAUCGGCUGAGGGGCCCCAGCCUGAAGCUGCCAGGCCCUCAGCUGGAGGCUUGUGGUGCUGGAGGCCCGGAUCCGGGUGGCUGUUGAUCCCCGGACAGCUGUUUGCACGAAUCUUGGACAUAAAUCCAAGUUGAAGAUUAA